AUGCAAUAUGAGUACCGUAAAACUGGUUGGGAAGACUCAGACGACGAAAGUCUAACCCUAAUGCCAGUUUUCCACACAUAUGGAACUCAUGGAGCAAAGGAGUUCGUACCAAACUACGAAAUUAAGUUUGAGUACGAUCCCAAAAUGGAGUUGCCACCCCCUGUGGAUGAAGAUGAGAGCAGCGAUGAAUCAGAGCUCAGCGAAGACGAACACUCCAUCGACGAAGAUGCGAUGGCACAGGAAAUGGCAGACAUGGAGCAGGAAAGAAGAAGAAAUAAUUAUGAAUUUGAUUAUUGGUAAGUAACAGUUGCAUCUUCUACUGAUUGUUUUUAAAUUUGUCUCAAUUUUGUAAUACUUAUUUCUUCAAUUUCAGGGCGUCUAGAAACUGCGUCUCGACUUCAAAAAUUUCAGCGUACUACUGUUACGUUAAAGCUUUUAAAGCCGACGUGCCGCACUACGAAAACGUCCGGUCGAUUGGAGAAGACUGGACGCUCCACAAAACCGCCGUGCUUUGGCCGUCAAAAUGCGGUAUCAAAAAGGCUGGUCAGCAGAUUCAACGGCUGACAAAAAAACACAAUGAUGUAUUCGGAACAAUAAAUAAGAAAAUGGUCGACUUUUGUAAAAAGUAAGUGUCUUAUUACCUAUUUUAUUAUUUUUUAACAAUAUCGUUUAACUAUUCGUUAAUUAAACACAAUUUGUUAAUUAUAUAACCGUAAACUUGACUAAAAACAAUUUUUUAGAAAACUACUGACCGAAGACAGGAAACAAACGAAAAGCUGCUGAAAGUGCUGCAAAACCAGCUAUACAGCCAGUAUCCAGGAUGGAAGUUGACCCCGUACGGGGGGUCGCACAAUGGGUUUGGUGGGCAGUGUUCAGAUAUGGACCUGACACUCCAUACUAAGAAAAAGUAAGUUACACAUAAGCUUUAAAAGUAUAUCACGAAUUAAUAAAAAAUGAUUAAAAACAGCAUUUCCUUAAUAAUUUUGAAUUUCAGUGUCACAACAAAACCAACUGUGACCGACAUUGCCAGUGUUUUAGACACGGAGGAGUUCAAAACAGUGUCAAACAUGGAAGAAUUGAAAGCCAUUCCCAACACUGCUGUAAGUAUUACAACUUGUAAUGGUUUUUUUUGUUUUAAUCAAGACAUACAAUAAGUUUUAUUUUUUUUCAGUAUCCAUUAGUAAAAAUGGCUUUCAACCGAAACAGCGUCACGAUGGAAGUGGAUCUGACGGUCAACAAUAAGUUGGGUGUAGAAAACACUAAAUUAUUAAAGUUCUACUCAUUGUAAGUUUAAAAACGUAAUUAAUUAAUCAAGUAUAUAAACUUUUUUAACAAUUUAAAAUGUCAAUGAACUUCAAUGUUCUAUAUUUUCUGCUUUAAGAUUUGAUACCCGGGUUGCACAGUUGCACACUGUGAUCAAGAACUGGGCCAAGCACCACAACAUGCACGGCGGUAUACACUACCGCUUCAACACCUACACCUUGGUCAUACUGACCAUCAACUUCUUACAAAAAGGUGUCAGCCCGGCAAUUCUGCCCCACGUGGACCAUUUAACCCUCGAGUUAAGAAAUAAGAAUGAAAACGACAUGAAAGAAAUGGUUAAAGAAUAUAAAUUAGGUAAGUUUUUAACAAAAUCAAAAAAAAAUUGAAAAUCUUUAUCCUUUUUAGUAUAAAAACAAAACUGAUCUUUCUGACUUUUAGGAACCAACAGCUUAACAUUGCCAGAACUUGUCAUUGGAUUCAUGACGUUCUACGCAAUGUACGACUUCAACGAGUGGCACGUCGACAUAACCAAGCCGUACCUGUGGAACCUGUAUGACAUCCAGGAGAGAUACUUUAGCCCUCCAUUCGAUAAGCUGAGCAUGAUAUGCCCAGUCGGAGGUGAAAGUCCAACCAGAAAGGUAUCGGACUUCUGCUACAACGACUUCCGGAAGCAGAUCAACGCCUUCAACAGCCUGAUUUGGGAAAAAUUAGCAGAAGAGAAGAAUGAAACCAACUUCAUGGAGAAGUUCUUAGGUCGUUUAGGAAUUUAA